CCUUAUAAUAAUCAUUGUUUGAAUCGCUGCAGCAUGCCCAAACUGAAGUGUACAGGUACAGUUGAAGGAUGCUUUAGGCUUUAGUUACAGGCAGGGGAAACAACCAAUAUGCAAAGGAUCAAUGUGAAUAACAGGAUUACGAGUCUAAAGCGGCUUCUUUAAGACCAACCAUGUAGACGCUUCUUUAAUCUUUUGGUUAUGAUUUUAAGACAAUUGUCUGUUUUUUAGGUGGUACCACUAUAUAGCUUUCCAGGUCUCCUUGUAGGAAGAAAAACAAAGUCUUUGUUGUACUAAAUGGCGGGAUUCGUCCACGUCAGCAGUACCCAGAUUCCGGUUGCGUUUAUGUCCGCAACCAAACGGAGCUUUAGGAGAAGAGCGUCUGUGAUCAGAUGUGCCGCCAUCACUCCGAAGAAACGGUACACCAUCGCGGUGCUUCCCGGCGAUGGCGUCGGUAACGAAGUCAUCCCAGUCGCUGUGGAUGUUCUUUGUUUAGCUGGGUCUCUUGAAGGGAUAGAUUAUAGCUUCAAGGAGUUGCCUAUAGGAGGUGUUGCUUUAGAUCUUGUCGGAGUUCCAUUACCGGAGGAAACAUUGACAAGGGCAAAACAAUCAGACGCUGUUCUUCUCGGAGCUGUUGGAUGGCCGAAAUGGGAUAACAAUCCCAAGCAUUUGAAGCCGAUAACGGCCUUGUUGCAGCUUCGUGCGGCUCUUAAAGUAUUUGCCAAUUUAAGACCGAUUACAGUGUUACCACAGUUGGUUGAUUCCACAUAUCUGAGAAAAGACACAGCUGAAGGGGUUGACCUUUUGAUCAUCCGGGAGCUUACUGGGGGUAUUUACAAUGCGCAUCCUAGGGGGUUUACCACAAAUGAACAAGGUGACGAAGUUGGCUUUUGUACUGAGUCCUACUCUGCAAGUGAGGUUGAUCACAUUGCCCGUGUUGCAUUUGAUAUUGCUAAGCAAAGGCGCGGUAAACUGUGUUCUGUUGACAAGGCCACUAUCUUGGAGGGAUCAAUGUUGUGGAGGAAAAGAGUCACAGCAAUGGCGGCUUCAGAGUAUCCCGAGGUUGAAGUGAGUCAUCUGCUGAUUGACACCGCUGCGAUGGAUCUUGUUCGGCACCCAAGACAGUUUGAUACCAUUUUGACUGGGGUUAUGUUUGGUGAUAUUCUGUCUGAUCUCGCGGCUAUGAUCCCCGGAAGUGUAGGAUUGCUUCCAUCUGCUGCCCUUGGUGAUUCAGGGCCUGGAAUUUUCGAACCUGUGCAUGGAUCUGCGCCUAAGCACUACGGAAAGGACACAGUGAAUCCCAUGGCGGCUGUUCUAUCAGCUGCAAUGCUCUUGAGAUACGGAUUGAAAGAAGAAAACGCAGCAAAGAGAAUAGAAGAAGCAGUUUCUGAUGUCUUGGACCGUGGAUUCAGAACUAGGGACAUUCACACUUGUGGAACUGUAAGUUGACCUUUCUUCCUUUUUUCUUGGCAUAAAGUUGAAGAUUGUUCCAGUAAUAUGUAAAAAUCGAACUAAAUGUUACACUAAGGAUGAGCAAUGUGGUUUCUGGACAGACAUUGGUAGGUUGCAACAGAAUGGGCGAGGAGAUUCUGAGAUCCCUUGAUGGUAGCUGCAAAAAGCUAUAAACAAAAAAGUUGAGAGAGUGACAUUGAGAAAUUCAAUGUUUGUUUCUAUCUGAUGAUUUGUUUGAGUUAUAUAAUAUUCGUAGGAUCGCUGUUGAGAGAAAAAAUGAGUAGCUGCAAGAGAAGAGUGUAAUUCUACGAAUAAAUGGAUAUAAUUGUUGUAUGUGGUAAUGUCAGGUGUCCAUUACAAAAUUAAAAA